UCUAAACGAAAAUUAUGACACUGAAUAUGAAAAAGCUAUUAAUCCUAACAGCCAUUGGUACAUCAUUGGCAAACGCCUCGUGUGACACUACAAAGUUCGUUGCCUGCCAGGACAAAUUUGCAGAUAAAUUGGGAAUCGAUAGAGUUUUUAAUUGGUUGAACCCUCUUGGUCUCACACUUCAAAUUCAAGAUAUCUACAUAAAUGGUGGAACUGGUGGUGUUAGAGGAUUGAAUGCUGUUUGCAAUUCAUAUAAUUCAAUGGUUCAGUGUCUUGCCGAUGCAUCAACAACGACUUUUGAAUGUUUUGACAUAGGAUAUCUCUUGAAUCAUUCAAAUGCUCCAAACCAAGCAUAUUCAUAUGGUUUCUUGAUGAGUAUGCUACAGUAUCAAUGUGGAGCUGGUUUUUAUCUGGCUUCUGACAAUUGGUCGUGUAUGCAGCGAAUCUACAAUGGAAAGAAUGCAACAAUGUACGGAUGUAUUACUGAUUUCGUGCUCAAUGCUCAAGAAGAUCCGAAGAAGGGUUGCAACUAUGUUCAAACUGGAAUGGAUUGUUUUUCGAAAGCAUCAAUACUCCAAGGAUGUCCAGAUGAGCUGAAAUAUUAUGGAUGCGAGUCUUUCCGUCAGUAUUCUCUUCCACAAUUUGCCCGUUGUGAGAAGCAAUGCUUCAUCGACACACAAUAUCGAGGAGUCUAGAGUUAAACUUUUUAUAAUUGAUAAACAAUGUUGCUAU